AUGGUCAUGCACAACUUUGAUGAAGCGAGCGGAAUUCAUUUGCAAGGGGAAAAACCGCUGUCCGAGAAAAGCGUAGAACGGUCCUCCAAUGCUUACGAUCAACACCUGUUAUCUAAAAUAGGAAAACCGAGCUCUCCCCCUCGCCUGCCUUCCAGUCUCGGAGGCCUCGGUCAGAGAGAGUUCACGACACUCCCGUUCCACUCAAAAAACCGAAAAGGUCUUUCAAGCUUGUCAAUUGGUGAUGGAUCUUUGAGUCCUUGUGAUCCAGCAUCGCGCUGGACAAGCGGACCUCAAUCUGCUGGAAUAUCGCCUGGGACACGGCCAGGGUGGGCGGAUUAUGUGAGCUAUCGUAGCCCAGGUGUUGAUAGCCCACCUCAUCAGCCGGAUUUCGACCACUUUCGAGAUAGGAAUAUCUCGCCUGGAACGCACCAUACGAAUGAUGAUUCAACCAGCAUGUAUAGUCGAUCAAACAGGGGUAGUUAUGAUCAGAACGUUUUUCCUGAUUCAGAUAUCGAUUUUCCAAUGGAUGAGACAACACAACAUAGGCAGCUAAGCGUUGAUGAUCGAGGGUCAUCUCAGCUGGGAAGCAUGUCUCCGUUGUCUAGGCAGGGUAUGAAACGAAGAGCCUCAUCUCCACCACGAGGAGCCGUUUCAGACGAAUUGCACGCUCUUCACACAACCACCAGCAAUGGCGAUCUGGAACAACGGAGGACAUCUGGGUUUCCUUUCAGUGGUUGUAUAUCACCUGGUGCCCGGUACCAGCCGAGUCAUGGCUCUAUUUCUUCAGUGUCCUCAACAAGCCUGCGAACUGGUUCCUAUGCCUCGUCCACAGGACUCUCUGUUGCGGCUAGCAGCUUGACUAGCUUGUCUUCCUUCGAUCGCCAUUCGCCGGGAGGAAUCUCUCCAACGUCAGAACUUGAAUCCUCUUAUGAAAAAGCCUUUGUGAGCCUGGGUGUACGUAAAUCGCUCUCAGGUCUUACAUCUUCACGAACCCCUCAUCACCGCGAUCAAGUCGAAGUGAAAAGUGCUCCGCCCAUCCGCAACAUGUCACUCCCGAAUAACCUGAGUGUAUCCAAAACCGCUCCACCUCGGAUAAAUCGUCUUCACAUCUGCGAAUGCUGUCCAAAGAAACCGAAGAAGUUCGAGACCUCGGAGGAAUUACUGGCUCAUGAAAUGGAGAAACAAUAUACUUGCCAGUUUUGCAACAAGCGCUUCAAAAACAAAAAUGAGGCUGAGCGACAUCAGAAUUCCCUUCACCUGCGACGACAUUCAUGGUCCUGCGCCGCAUUGUCCGGUGUAGAAGCCGCUUUCCACCCAUCUGCUUCUCCAACUUGCCAAUCCCCUACCGGGCCUUCCCAUGACACAUGUGGGUAUUGUGGGGAUGAAUUCGCCAACUUCCCACAACCAGACUGGGAUAGGCGAAUCGAUCAUUUGAUUAGUGUGCACAAAUUUGGAGAAUGCAACCAGGCCAAGAAAUUCUAUCGAGCAGAUCAUUUUAGACAGCAUCUGAAGCACAGUCAUGCGGGUGCGAGCGGAAAAUGGACAAACAUCUUGGAAAAUGCAUGUAUGAAGGAGGAAUCGUCAACAGAGGGUGGGCUUUGCCAGCAUUGGAGAGCACGGUGGUCGGAACCCUGA